AUAAACCCAACCAUGCUUCCGUAUAUAUAUAUAACAACAUACUCUUCACUCUCGUAACACCAACUCCCCAACUCUCUAUCUUCAGUUCACACUUUCUCUCUCAAAACCCUUUUCCUACUUUCUCUAACAUAUACAUAUGUUUACUAAUAACAAUGGGGAGGGGCGAUUAGCGGAAAGUUGCCCGAAGAAACCGGCCGGGAGGAAGAAGUUUAAGGAGACUCGCCACCCGGUGUAUAGGGGUGUGAGGAAGAGGAACUUAGAUAAAUGGGUUUGUGAAAUGAGGGAACCCAACAAAAAGACUAGGAUUUGGCUAGGGACUUUUCCAACGGCUGAGAUGGCUGCACGAGCACACGACGUUGCAGCCAUGGCAUUAAGGGGCCGCUAUGCCUGUCUCAACUUUGCAGACUCGGUGUGGAGGCUUCCUAUUCCUGCCUCCGCUGAAGCAAAAGACAUUCAAAGGGCAGCUGCAGAAGCCGCCGAGGCUUUCAGACCAGACAAGACUUUAAUGACUAACGACAUUGACACCGUUGUGGCUGUCGUCGUCACAGAAGAACUUAGUUUAUUUUGUGUUGAAUUGGAAGAAGAGGAGGAAGUGUUGAAUAUGUUUUGUGUGGAAGUCGAAAAAGAAGAGGAAGUGUUGAAUAUGUCAGAGAUGUGGAGGAAUAUGGCGUUAAUGUCCCCUACACAUAGUAUGGAGCAUGAGUAUGAAAAUUUUGAUUUACAAGACUUUCAAGAUGAAGAGGUAUUAAAAAAAAGUCAGUUAAAAUGACUUGGAUUGUGACCGCAAUUGUAGUGAUGUCUGCAUAAUCAAAGCUCCAAUCUUUCAAGAGCUCCCUCAUGUGUGUGUUAAUUAAAAGUCACUCUCCACUGAGGAAAAUAAGUUGGCAUGAUUCACAUUCCAGAUUUCUUAAAAAUUUUGUGAGAGAAUAUUUGUGUUCCUUUCUCAUUGAAUAAUCAUGUGUGUGUGUAUAAGUUUGUCUUGACGACCAAGCUUAAGCAUAUCUUGACUAUCAAGCUAUUGCUAAAAUUAGGAGGGAAAUUAGUGAUGGAAAAAAUAAAAUUCCUCACAAAUUUUAUGGUCGCAAAAUUUAGUGACGGAAUUAGAGAGGGAUUUCACGUUUUCCCUCACAAAAUUUCCCUCCCUAAUUUUUAAUUUUUUAGUAGUGAAUAUUUACAUACUCUCGUAGUUAAAACUAGAGGCUAUCGGAUAUUCAGACUAAGUCGAAAAUCAUCAAAAAGGUGUCAUGGGAGGUCCUUAGUAAAUAUGUCGGCUAUUUUAUAUCGUGAAGGGACAUGCAGCACAUGAAAUUAGCAACGAGUAACUUUCUCACACACAAUGAAUAUCCAUUUCAAUGUGCUUGAUGUGUUGAUGUUGAGCGGGAUUGCCAGAGAGUUACACGAUAAACUAGUGUGGCUUUCGAAACAGGGAAAUGUAGUUCCAACAGAAGAUUCAUAAGCCAUCAGGAGUCAGAUCCUACAUUAGUGACUCUACGAUAUUUGACUUCAUCAUUGGAACGAGACAAAGUAGGUUGUCGUUUGACACAAUACCAAUAUGUUGACCUACUAAUGUCUGGACAUCCACCCAAUCUGCAUCAGUAUAAGUGAUGAGCUUAUCAAUGAAGGAAGGAUAAAGAUGUAAACUGAAGUAAAAAAAUGCCCUGAAUGUACCAAAUGAUGCGCUUCAAGGAAGACAUAUGUUGUGUUUUUAGAUCAUGGAUAAACAAGCACACUUUCUACACAAACUACGUAAUAUCAGGUCUUGUAAAAGUAAAUUAUUGCAGUGCUUCAAUAAGAUAUAAAUUUCCAUAAGAGC